UAUUUUUAGUUUUAAGAAUGUCGGUCUCACAACUUCAAGCUUGGGCUGAGAAUGAAGCAAAUGAAUUGAUAAAGAAGUAUGAUAGAAAUGGCGACGGUGUUCUCGCAAAAGAAGAGCUACAAUCUUUCCUCCACGACACUUGUAGUUCAACUCAACUCAACAAUACAAGGUGUGUAUUAUCUAGGAUGAUCCCAAAAACUAACAACAAUCUUGUGCACAAGCUUAGUUCAAAUACUCAUAUGAACCAAAAAAAGCAGUUGCGAGACAAAAUUCAAAAUUCAUCGACAAAAGCUCUGGAUAGAAAGCAAUCUAAUAUUCCUCCAAGUCGAGAGCAGAUAAAGGAGAUUUUUAAAUAUCAUGAUAGUAACAAAGAUGGUUUUCUCAACAUUCGAGAGUUAACAAAAACUUUCGGUUCUCUAGGCUCAGUUAUUCCAUUCUACAAAGCUCACUACGCUAUGGCUUAUGCAGAUGCAGAUAAAGAUGGUCUUAUCAGUGAGGUCGAACUUGACGAGCUCAUCGAUUAUACCAAUAAAAUCAUCAAGAAGAAAUGAAAUGAGCUCCCAAGACGCAUUCUCGUAUAUUCAUGUAGGGAAGAUAAUUAUCUAACUAGAAGAAAAAUAUUGAAGAAAUAACUUUUUCUAAAUAAAAUAA